AUGAAGGGUGAGUCCAAAGAUCCAGCUUUCAAGCUCUUUGGUAGAAAGAUUCCGGUACCUGAUACUCAGUUUCCGGCCGAACCACUAGCCAAGGGCAGCUGCAGUGAGAUAACAAAAGUAGAAAUUCAGGUUCCUGGUGAAGACAACUCAGAAGAACCUGAAACACACUCUGCUUCAAGGCAAGGUAAGGAAGAGAGCCAAGCUGCAACACGAGUGAAUGAGGCACAAGUAAUUGCUAAGCCUAAUGAAGGUCCGCUAGAGACUAAUGGCACAGACCAAGAGAAAGUCUUCAAGAAACCAGAUAAAAUUCUCCUGUGUCCACGAUGCAACAGUUUAGACACAAAAUUCUGUUACUUUAAUAACUACAACGUUAACCAACCGAGGCAUUUCUGCAAGAAUUGCCAAAGAUAUUGGACAGCUGGAGGAACAAUGAGAAAUGUCCCUAUUGGUGCUGGCCGGCGGAAGAAUAAGCACUUAGCUACUCAAUAUCGUCAGUUGUUAGUAUCUUCUGAUGGGAUGCCUAUUGCCAGUAUGGAAAAUUCAGACUCAAUUAGUCACCAACUUCCAUCAUCUGUUGAUUCUGCAACCACCUUAAGUCCCUCAGCGGCAAAUGGAAUGGUUCUAAAGUUUGGUCCUGAAGCACCUCUUUGUGAUUCCAUGGAGACUCUGCUUAAUCUUGGAGACCAAAAAAGAUAUGUUGAGAUUAGUUCUGUCAAUUGUCAAGAUAACGUAGAGGAGCCAUCCUCUUGUGGAUCCUCUCAGACUGCUUCCAAUGCUCGGGCAAACGAAUUGCCUGAAAAUAUUAUGCAGAAGGAGCAAGUUGAUUUGCCAGCAUCUUCUAACGACCUCAGUGCACCAAAUUCUCUGCAUUGUUAUUCUGUUCCUUCAUGGGUUUUACCUUGGAAUCCAGCUUGGAAUAAUGCUGCUUCCAUGGCUGCAGCUCAGUACUCCUCUGGCCAGGCUUGCAUAACAAAUAUUCCCAAUCAAGUUCAAUUGUGCCCCACGCAAAUGUUGGCAGUUCCCAGCAUUUGUCCGCCCAACAUUCCUUUACAAUUUGUACCUGCUUCUUAUUGGGGUUGCAUGCCCACAUGGGCUGCUCGAACAGGAAAUGUAUCAUUGAGUGGAUCGAAUGGCUGCCUUUCUCCAUCGUCCUCCACUAGCACCAGUUGCUCAGGAAAUGGCUCACCAACCCUAGGCAAGCAUUCUAGAGAUUCAAAAUUUAUGGAUGAAAACAGAGCAGAAAAAUGUAUAUUGGUUCCAAAAACACUGAGAAUCGAUGACCCAAGUGAGGCUUCAAAGAGUCCUUUAUGGGGAACCUUAGGUCUUACGCCUAACCGGAAGGAUCCCACAUCAAAAGGUACUAUCUUCAAAAAUUUUGAAACCAAAGCUGAAGGCUAUGGCCAUGGAUCUGAUGCCACUCAUGUACUGGAAGCAAACCCAGCAGCUCUUUCUCGCUCUCAUACAUUCCAGGAGAGUGGCUGA